UACAUGUGGGUCUUCUGUGGCGUUGGAUUACCUGCAAACGUCCUGAUCAUUGCAACCAUCUCAAGAUUUCAAGCCGGUGGCCCCGCUUCAUUUUUGCUCUGCUUCCUGACCGUCGUCGACAGUGCGGCUCUUGUUGCUAAACUUAUGGAAACGAAUAUUGUAGCUUAUCAUGGACAGCUUGGCGGAAUCGGCUGCAGGAUAAUCGACGUUCCUUUUAGGACACUCUCGGCCAUCAGAAACUGGACAGUCGUUGUGAUAUGCGCCGAGCGGUGCGUGGCUGUUUGCAAGCCGUUCAAGAGAAAUGUCUGGAUCUCUAAACAACGCUGCAAAAUUAUCGUGUCUCUGAUUUCGAUCCUUCUGACACUGUUUGUUGUAUCCAUU